AUCAUCAAACAUGGCUGACGAAGAAAACACAAACAUGGAAGUCGACGAGGAAAAGGAUAAACCUUUUGAUAAAACAGUUGAGCCACUAGUUGACAAUGUAAGACAAAUAAUACGUAACCAUGACAACGUCGAAGGCGCGAAAGACGCCGAUGAAAGCCGCGCCACAACAGAAUACUGCGAGAAGCUCCAGGGGUGGAUGUGGCAGUACUACACUGGAUAUGGCAACUGGCAGAGCUGGCUGGCAGCGUCAGCCAUGUCCUGCCCUUAUUACUUACAGUCAGACAGCGGGACGUCGACCACAGCGCUUGAUAUCAACUCCCAGAACUGGUAUAGCUCUCCGUUUGGUCUCCCGCUGUCGCCUUAUCCACCUGCAGUCACCUCCCACAGCAGCCGCCCAGGUGAAGCCGCUGGCGGGGCUGCAGUGGCCGCUCAGCAGCCGCAGGAGAAUGGAAAUGCCCUGAGACCAGGCCGAGAGUAUAGUAUUCCUUCACCUCUCCAAAGACUCCUGGCUGAGAUGGUGGAUUUCUUCAUAUUGUUUUUCAUCAAAGCAACAAUAAUCAUUAGUAUUAUGCAUCUGAGUGGAAUCAAGGAUGUUUCAAAGUUCGCCAUGCAUUUCAUAGUGGAGGAAAUAGACGAGGACACGUCGAUGGAGGAGCUACAGAAAAUGAUGCUUGUUGCACUGGUGUAUCGGAUAUUAGUGUGUUUUUAUGAGAUCGUGUGCAUUUGGGGAGCAGGAGGAGCCACUCCAGGGAAGUUUCUCGUGGGACUCAGAGUUGUUACUUGUGACUCAUCAGUUCUGGUUCAGCCCAACAGGGUGCUAGUAGUGCCUGCAACAAAUGUCUCUCUGUCUGCAUCAACUGUCCGAGCCUUGAACAAGAACUUUUCAAUUGCCUUCUUUUUCCCGGCUUUCAUCACACUUCUGUUCUUCCAGCACAACAGGACUGUGUAUGAUAUGGUAGCUGGUACGAUUGUUGUCAAGCGCUCCAGGCUCAGAUGACGUAGAAGAACCAAGAAGAGAGUCUCACAUUGAUACUGAGCAGGCACUGGGUGUGUUUUUUAAAGAAAAUGGCUGCAGAACUCCGACAUCAGCUGUUCAAGGUAUCGUCAGAACACACAGGAGCAUUAAAACGGUUGCAGAAAGUUUGAUGCACAUCAGUAUGAACUAUUUCAGUUCCUUACAACUUGGGUUUGGUUUGUGUUGGACACAUACUGUAUUCCUGCAUGUAUUUCUACAUGCUGCUUUCAGAAACUGUUCCUGUGCCAAAUUGACGUCUCCUUUGAAGACAGGAAUAAUAAUAAUGGUGUAUGCCACCAAUUCAUGAACACAUUUGCCUCUUUUUAAAUACUAAUCUUCCAGAUUAUGGGCGAAUGUCUCAUGUCACUCCGUAUUGAAGUUGCUAAUCAUGCAUUUAUGAGAUUAUACCUUCAGUAUCUCUUUGUAUUAAAACUUUGUCUUAAGACUUGUAUGCUCAGACUUUUGAUCAUUACUGCAGGAGUGUUGCCUCUUGAUCAGCUUUUUCAGAAAUGCUGUGGUUCUAAGGCACAAUUAAAUGUAUUGAAAGGAAAUGUAAACCUGAUCACAAUCACUCUUCCUUUCACUCUAACAGCAUGUGUGUGACUGGAAAGUUAAUGUAUGACACACUUUAUGUGAUUAACUGUUUUUUUGCAUUUAGGAGAUUAAAUGAAAGCACCACUAUUCCCCUGCA